CCAAUACACAACACGCAAACACUAGGAAGCAAAAUGCCAUCUUCCUCAACACCAUUGUUGUACCUCUGCCUAAUGCUGGUGCUGUGCCUUCUUCUCUUGCAAGAAGCACAUGCGGCGCCCCAUGGAGGGAUCUCAUUGAGGUCCCAACACAUGGCCCUCCUUCACUGGAAAGCUACACUCGCAAGCCUACCGCUGCAGAUGAGGUCUUGGCAGGAAAACACCAGCCCAUGCAACUGGACGGGCAUCAUGUGCGCGGCUAUUCGCCAUGGCCGCCGUAUGCCCUUGGUGGUGACCAACAUCUCCCUGGAAGAUGCUGGCAUCCGUGGCCAGCUUGGUGGAUAUGGCAAAGUCUACAAGGCAGAACUCCAGGACGGGCAGCUAGUUGCUGUCAAGAAGCUUCAUCAGACCGAAGAAGUGUUGGAUGAUGAAAGAAGAUUUCGCGGUGAAAUGGAAAUCUUAUCACAGAUCCGGCAUCGAAGCAUUGUCAAAAUGUAUGGAUUUUGCUCCCAUACGGCAUAUAAAUUUCUUGUCUAUGACUACAUCCAACAUGGCAGCCUCCACAAGACAUUGGAAAAUGAGGAGCUAGCAAAGGAAUUGGAUUGGCAGAAGAGAAAUGCUCUUGCAACUGAUGUGGCUCAAGCCAUAUCUUAUUUGCACCACGAAUGCAGUCCACCUAUAAUCCAUCGAGAUAUAACAAGCAACAACAUCUUACUUGAUACAACCUUCAAGGCUUUUGUCUCGGAUUUCGGCACAGCAAGGAUUCUUAAGCCCGAUUCAUUAAAUUGGAGUGCACUAGCAGGAACAUAUGGCUACAUAGCUCCUGAAUUGUCGUACACAUCUGUUGUGACAGAGAAAUGUGAUGUUUAUAGCUUUGGCGUGGUUGUGCUAGAACUAGUGAUGGGGAAGCAUCCAAGGGAUCUAUUAGACUGUAGUUUGCCAAACGGGGAACAAGCUAUACUGGUGAAAGAUAUUCUGGACCAACGGCCGACAACACCAACAACAGCAGAACAGAAGAGUUUAGCUCUGCUCAUCAAGCUGGCCUUUUGUUGCAUGGAAUCUUCUCCACAAGCAAGGCCAACCAUGCGGGACGCAUAUCAAACGCUCAUCCAACGACCCUCUUCUAGUUCAAGUCCCGUGCCUUUCAGCACACUUACAUUACAACAAGUAAGGGAUGUCUGUUGAUAUAUGAUCUGAAUUCUAGUGAGAACCCAUGGUCUAUCGUAGCAGAAACCUAAUAUGCCAUGUAUAUAUGGUUAAGUUUGUAAUCAUGUCAUGUCAUCUCCUAGGUUUUAUUUCUAGCAAAAAUAAAAA